AUGGGUGGUGGCUCAUCUGGAGAGGUUGCAAUCAUGAUGGAAGAAUCAGAAAUGUUAAAGGAAAGAGAUCAGGAAGGCUUGGAAAGGUAUUGUAGAAUAGUUUCGAAUACAUGUGGAGAUUAUCCUUUGGCAUGUUGGAGUGGAAGGCUUCCCUUUUUUACUUCUAUUGAUGAGAGUGUGCAUAACACGAAUCAUUGGGAUGAUCUUUUCAAUCAAUACUAUUCAACUCAACAUGUAUUCGAAACAUGUCAGGACGAAUUGAAACUUUCCACUUUGAAAAGAAAGAGAAGAGUGAAAGAGCCUUCUUUGAGUGCAACACAUGAAGAACCUAUUGACAACGAGGAACAAGAUGAAUUAGUACAGCUGAAUGAAGAGGAUUCAUUCUCUGGACGAAACAUUAAAAAGACGAAACGUUUACAUGCAUGCUCUUCAUUAUCAGAGCAGAAGGAAGAAUAA